AAUCCCGAAAGACAUCGAAAAUCCCGUCAACACGUCUCAAGAAGAACCUCACAAACAUACAUCCAGCAUUUUCCCGAUGACCUAUCGGUUUGUAAGCCUACAACCCACCAAACAUCUCAAGAUUCCGUGCAUCCAAGCCGAGAAACACAACUAAACAAUGUAAAUAUCGUCUCUCUAUCAUCUUCCAGCCAGACAAGAACAAAAUCCCCCCCAAGAAAGAAACCACAAAUAAUACGUCCCCAUUUCUCAAUCACACAAGGAAAGAGUGGUAAGAUUACGCUACACCCCACCAACCAAGGCCAUCCAACCCAGCAAUCCACUUCAACAGUAAUCCUUUACAGUUACAAGGAUGUGAUUUAUCCUCCGGGUGCCAUAGGCCAUAGAGCAGAAGUGUUCGAUGCUCAUCAUUUACUCCUUUAUCCAUCACUGCCCCAAGUUCAACGAAAAUCCGUAAAUAUUCUCGAAGCCCGCAGCGUUCGAGAAUAUCAGUCUCGUCAACCUGUCAACUCUCUAUCACGAGGAGGGUUCCAACAAUCCGUAAGAAGACAGUUAUUCCCCGCUAGAUUUGUGGACUAGUGGUGCUAAAAACUACCUAGGUAGGCAUGCCAUGUUAAUGCUAUCAUAGCAUAAUGCCACCGAAAUGUUGUUUUGUUCAUGCCUUCCUCCAAUCCUGGGCAGAGUUUGGAAGUCGUUGUGUCCAGUGCCUAUAGUUUUGCACCGAAAAUCGAACGUGGAACACGCGCAACCCAAAGAUCUGCUGGUGUCGUGGAAACAAGUAGACGAGGUGAUCCCCGAGAGCAUUUCGCGGUAACGCAGCUGUGAAGUCGACAGGCAUACUUCUCCAGUUGAAGGAUACCCAACGUAGGUUGGGAGGAUAGACUUACGUGCACCACUGCCAGUCUGAUCUCAAUCUCCUCCAGUUGAGGGAGGUUGAUAAGAUCACGGCGCUUGAAUGGACGAAAAAGAAAGAAGGAGUUACACUUGUGGAAAACGAUUAGGUAAAAGAAGAAAACUAAUAUAUUACAAAGUUACAUCAGGUAUAUACAACAAUAAAAACCAGCAAAUCAUGGCACAAUACCAUCCCUAGCACACGUAGAUGCCAUCCAAAAACGCGUCCAAUUUGGAUAUAUUGAUGUGUGGCAUCAUAUUGUCGUCAAAGUAGAGUUUUUUUACAUGCGGGGUUGUGUCACUUACAUGUAUAUAACCCGGUAUGUUCCAUGUACACCUCAGAUAUCCACGUGAAAAUCCAAUGAUUAUCUCAACGUCCUCAAGCCAGGAAUUUUCCUUUUCACUCAGGCAUUCGCAAGAAGAGGACACAGCAUAUUCCACUUCUCCUCAUACAUCUCAUUCAAAAUCCAACUCGCCAACCUUCCUCGAUCCAGAUUCAAUCCAUCCCGACCUUUACUGUCACCCACGAAAACAGCGUGAGCAUCGCCCUUAUUCCCGUCCAGUUUCGUCCCAUGUAACAAUGGCACCCGGAACAUAGUCCAGUGGAUUUUUUCACCCAGCGCAGCUGUCUCCUUGGCCAUGCCGUUGAUCUCGGCAUAUGAAUCCCCUCCGAUGAUUUUGAUGUACCAGUUGAUGGCUAUGUACCAUUUGAAGCUACUGGUGUCUUCUGGGGCAGAGUAGGAAGCGGUGGAGAGGAUCAUGAUCCGUUUGGUGGUGCCGUUUGCUAAGAGGAGGGGGUAGAGAUUCUUGAGGCAUUCGGUAAUGGGCUAGAUGGGAAUUAGCGAGAGUUGGGAAGGAGGAUAUCGAGGAGAUCCCACCGUUCCAUCUUUUUUCCCUAGCGUUGGACCAGCUAGGGAUAGGAAUAUAUCGGCUCCGCAUGCUGCCGCCUUCUUCAAGCCCUCGACAUCUCCGAACUCGCCCUCAAUAAUGUUGAGAUUGGCGUUUGCAGAUAGUUCGGCGGGAAUCUUGGAGGGUGUUCGGGCGUAGAGAGUGAGUUUAUGGCCAGCGUCUAGAGCUGCCUGGGCGAAGAUCAGACCGCAGACUCCAGUGCCUCCUAUGAGGAGGAUGUGAUGUUUGUCAUCCAUCAUUUGAUCACAAUCUGGAGGAGAGGCUAUCACGAGGCCAGCAGUAAGUGUAGAGUGAGGAAUGUGACGAGAUUCCUAUACUGACAUGCGCCGGCAGUGAUGGUUGUCGUUGAAUGCGCCAGUACCGGUAGCUCGAGGGAGGCUUGGGUGUCGAGGGCCACCAUGGUGAAAGUGGUCAAACGCAAUAUGUCUGGAUGGGUAUAAAGUGAAUGUAGCAAGGAUGUCUCGCUAUUCACUCGUCAUCUCAAGGUUUUCAGGAGGUUCUAGCUGAGGUGAGCCCAGGUCCAGCAGCGGAGCGCCAGCACCUGGCUCCAGCAUGGAUACCUACACACCUACGUGGUGCUACAUACACCUCUCUUGUACUACUUCGAAGUAGUAUGAGUAGUCUAGUCUAGUAGGUCUGCCGAGGUAUGCGACGACCGGGCCGGGUACGGGAAUCUUCAGCCGCCGCCGCUUGCGCUUAUCUACAGCGAGUGCCAGGUGACGCUAAACCUUAUCGCUCCCCUUGCGUCACCCGCAUGUUUUUCGCAAGGAAAUCUCAGCAACCAAUCACCGCCAACCUGAUUCAAGACAAGGCAUUCACACACGACCCAGAGGACAGUGACGGCAGGUCCAUGUGCAGAUGAGAGAGGCUGAAGGGGCUUGAAGGCUUUUUUUUCUCUAUUUCAACCUCUGCCAUCGUCUCCUCCUUCAAAACGCCAGAUCCAGCAUCUUCGUCAUGGCGUCUCUCCUGCCCGCCGCUGUUGGAGUCUUAUCAAAGGACUUGUCGCUCCAGGAAGCCUUAUCAGGCAUCUUUGGGAGUGUUAGUUUGGCCACCUGGAUGUUCUUGCUGGUGAGUACAGCUGCAUGCGAAGCUGACAUGAGGAUAUACUCAAACUCAAAUCGAUAUCGGACGAAAUGAUACUGAUCGCUGUUAGGUGCCGCAACUGAUACUAAACUACAAAACUGGGAGCGCCGAUGGCAUAUCUCUGGCCUUUUUGCUAGUAUGGAUGGUGGGAGAUGUAACGAAUCUGGCGGGUAUGUAUCUCUUCACAACAUCUCUCGCUCCUCUCUGAUACAUCGGAUCUCGAUCUGGUCAAAGUACAUCGAUACCUUUUGGUCAAAACCCUUAUCAACUCGUCAUACCCAAUACAAAGGAACCUCUUUUUAUAUCACGUGCUGACAGUGGCUAGGUGCUGCUUGGGCUGGACUUGUCCCAACGAUGAUCGCACUCGCAAUAUAUUUCUGCAUUGCAGAUACUGUGCUGAUUACACAGGUCUUAUACUACCGAGCCAAGAAUGCUCGCGAAAGAAAAGAAUCCGUCGUGUCAAUAGAGACCGAGGAAGAACCAUUGCUGAGACGAAGAAGCAGUGACUCAACAGGCCUGCCGGGCUCCCACAGACGUCGCUUGUCGGCCGUCAGCACCAGUAGUCGUAGGAGCAAUUCUCUCAAGGAUAUUUUAGAUGAAGGUAGUCUGGAAGAGGGAAGUCUCUUCAGGAAGAACUUCUUCACUAUUUUGGCGGUUGUUGCGGUUGGUGUGGUUGGUUGGGCUAUCGCCUGGCAAUCCGGUGUGUGGGUUCCUUCUCCCAUUGAAGAUGUUCCUGUGGUGACGGAAAGUUCUGCUGGAGCCAAAACUUUGGGGUAUAUCAGUGCUAUGUGCUAUCUUGGGUUCGUCUUGAUAUUCUCUGUCCAAGAAUUCUCGCUAACCACUUUUUAGAGCUCGAAUCCCUCAGAUUAUGAAGAACUACCGAGAUAAGUCUUGCGAAGGUAUGUAGUCCGUCAUGAUAUUGCUUCACAAUAGCUAAUGAAACACAGGCCUCGCUUUACUUUUCUUCAUCCUCGCCUUGAUAGGAAAUGCUACACAAGGUGCGAGUAUUUUAUUCCAUUCGCUUGAAAAGGAGUAUCUUUACACCAACCUCCCUUGGCUUAUUGGGUCUCUUGGAACCAUGAUUGAAGAUGCAACCAUCUUUGUCCAAUUCCGAAUGUAUUCGGUGAAGAAGACUACUACUGUCACCCAAGAAUAGAUUCUGGGGGCAGUUUUCAUGGCGUUUGAAGAAUAAUGAUGACGUACGGUGAUGGGUAUACAGCAUGCAACGGAAUCUGCCGGCGUUUUCUUUUAACUGAAUGCAAACUACGAAGGUUGUACUUUUUUUCGGCUUGUAUAGAUAGGUUGCGCGAGGUUGGAAGACAUAUUUUUUGUCAUGGCAUUUAAUGGGUCAGCAUGGAAAUGGAGUAAGUAUUUCUGGGAAUUAGCCAAUGAUAUCAGCUCAACUGGAUCUUGCUUUGUGUGGAUUCUUGGGUUUUUGAGUGUCUUUCUAUGUAUUCCGCUCUUCAGGAUUGAUUGGAAAGUUCCAGUCAUUGAUGAUGUUCAAGUAGUUCUAGCAAAAUCAC